CAGCUUAUAGUGGGUCGCGUGACGUAAUAGUAGAGCGUAUUGGGCAUUUCUAGUCAGUCUGCUGGUGCGCAUGGUCUGACGAGUUGAUAGAAGAAAAACAAGUCAGUGCAGUGCGUGACUCCAAUUGCACGAGGAAAAUGUCACGGUGUCUUAAUAUCGCCGCAUUGGCGUUAAUUGUUAUUUGGUUGAACUGCGGCGAUGGCGCGAGAAUCUUGGGCAUAUUUCCCACCGCUUCAAUAAGUCAUCAAGUCGUAUUCCGGACGCUGACUUUGGAGCUGAAUAAACGAGGUCACGAACUCGUUAUUGUUACGACAGACCCGGUCAAGGAUACGAGCAUAAAAAACUACCAGGAAAUUGACAUCAGCUUUUUAUACGAUGAUAUUGCAAAGGAGGUCAUAAAUAUCAUAAAUUUUCGCGGUAACAUGAAUUGGUAUGUGCAGUUCACAAUGUUUGAAUCAAUGGUGUGGGAACAAAUGGGUCGGAUAUUCAGUCAUCCGGAGUUUAAGAAAGUGUACGAACCCAACAGUGGAGAAAAGUUCGACCUUAUACUGAUGGAAAUUUUCUUUACACCUGGUUUCAUGGCUCUGGCUGAACGAUUUAACGCUCCAAUAAUUGGUAUUGCAAGUGCGAGUUUGCAGCUGAGUUUGCAAUACGGAAUCGGCAAUCCCAUUCUGCCUUCUCAUCCAUCGAGUUGGGAACAGGACGUCAAAUUUCGUAAUUCAUGGACACCAUGGCAACGGCUGGAAGAUUUCUUCCAGUGCUGGAGAAUGAUUUACUACUAUAGGACUGUCUCCCUACCGAAACAAAAAGAGAUCGCGGAACAAUAUCUGGGAAUUGAGGUUUCGGAUCUUCAUGAUUUGGAGAAAAACAUCAGCUUGAUAUUCGUCAAUCAGCAAGGUCCGAUUUCCUUCGCCAGGCCAAAUGUUCCGAACAUUAUUGAAAUCGGUGGAUUUCACGUGUCUGAUAAAAUCAAACCUCUGCCCAAGGAUCUUCAGAAGACUCUGGACGAAGCUACCCAGGGUUUCAUUUACAUGAGUCUCGGAUCGAACGUCAAGAGCAACAUGUUGUCGGAGAAAUCACGAGACGCUUUCAUAACCGCAUUUUCAAAGCUUCCUUACAAGGUGAUAUGGAAGUUUGAGGAUGACCAGCUCAAAGGCAAACCGGACAACGUGAUUAUCCUGAAGUGGGCGCCGCAACAGGCAAUUCUGGCUCAUCCGAACAUCAAACUCUUCAUCUACCAAGGUGGACUCCAGAGUACCGAGGAAGCCGUAUCGCACGGUGUGCCUCUGGUUGGGAUACCGGUAAUGGGUGACCAAGACAUGAACGUGAAAAAAAUGGUGUCUCUAGGCGUUGCCGUGAAACUAGACAUCCUCAAUAUAAAUGUGGAUGACUUGCUCGAAGCAAUACGCACCGUUACACUUGACAAUAACUACAAACAGAGGAUGCUGAAUUUGGGCUCGCUGUUAAAAGACAAGCCACAAAAUACCCUCCAGAACGCGAUUUGGUGGACAGAGCAUGUGAUACGUCACAAAGGCGCUCCGUACCUGCAUUCGACAACCGCUGACAGCCCGUGGUACCAACGUCAAGACAUGGACAUAAUAGCGUUUCUGACCGCAGGAUUUGUCUCUAUUUCGAUCUUGGCAAUUUUGAUAUUGUACAAGUGCGCGAUUCGCGGUAUCAAAAUGUUUAAUCACAGACCAGUUGAUAAGCAAAAGAGAAAGAGAAGUUAACGUUUUCAUGUACUAAAUAAUCAAGCUAGACCGAAGUGAAAUUCCUACAAAUUUAUAUCAGCCCAAAUCAAUCAACUGAUAACCCAAUAGUGUCACUACUCCAACGAUAAUAACCGAGUGUAUUUGAGCAGUAAAAAUAACGACGAAUAAUGGGAAUCUGUA